AUGAUGAUCACACAGUGCCUUCUGGUGGCUGGAAUCGUGGCAGUGGCGGUAUCUAUGCCAGUUACCCAGGAGGAGUACGCCAGGUACAUAUCCCAACAACAGACUGAAAAGGGCCAACCAAUCCGCAGACCCGUGCUUCUGCAAGUGGUCCCUGCCGGCGGUUCAGCUUACCAACAACCAGCAGCGGCGUCACCUCGACCAGCUUACCAACAGCCGGCCGCUUACCAGCCACAACCUGCGGCGUACCAGCCACAGCCCUCUGCAUACCAACCCCAACCCCAACAGGCCGCGUACCAGCCACAGUCCGCCGCGUACCAGCCAUCAUCUUACCAAUCGCGUCAGACAUACCAGCAACCGGAAGAAUACCAACAACCGGAACAACAGUACCAGCCAUCUCCACGACCACAACAAGCACCGCGCCCAAAGGCUCCGUCCAAGCCAAAAUCUCAGAACAGGCCCGAAAAACCAGAAGACGAAGAGAACGAUAACAACCCUAAUGCUCAAUACCAGUUUUCGUUCGACAUCAGUGACGACGAGUCAACCAACUACCACAACCGCAAAGAGCAAAGAGACGGUGAAAAGAUUUCUGGAAGUUACAGCGUCGUAGAUUCAGAUGGAUUUAUCCGUACAGUCACAUAUACUGCCGAUCCUGAAGAGGGAUUCAAGGCUGAAGUAAGCCGAGAGCCAACUAACAUCCAAGUUAAGAUUCCCACCCCUGCUCCACAAACGUCGCCAGCACCACAAUACAGAUUGCCGGAGAGGAAACCUCAGCAGCCGCAAUACAUCUCAGUCCAGGCUAGCGAACCCGAGUCCGCGGCACAACCGGCCGACCCGAUUUCCGGUUACUACCGCAAUCCGGCACCGCAGCAACAGGUCAAGCAGGCGCCGGCGUUACACCGAUUUGCCGCACCCAGGCCCCAGUCAGCCGGCCACAAAGCCAGCGCAUUGGGCUACGCCUCGACUCCGACCAACUCUCCGCCAAUCAUCUACCAGGCGUACGACCAGUAA